AUGCCCCGUCGGCUGAACAUCUUCUCAUCUUCAUCCUCCAUGUCUCAACCCGUCAAGCCGGGCGAGAGGCGCCCUUCUACCUCCAAGGGCAACCGCAUCACCAACUUCUUUUCUUCCAGCCCCAAGUCGACUGCCGCCCAGCAGGCGUUGGCCGCUGCUCAGCAGCAGCAGGCCAAUGCCACUGGCAUCUCGUCUUCUCCCGGUCUGCCCACCAUCUCUCUCUCUACCGCCAGCCCCGGUGACCCAAACAGCAUCGAUGCCUCGACCACGACUCUCUUUCAGCCCCAAACGGCCGAGGAGAUCGAGCGCCAGAAGCGUGCCGACGCUCAGUUCGGUCCUCUCCUUCACCCCAACCAUCGAUACACGAGCAUGUCCCACGGAGAGCCUCUCGAAGCCCCUGUUGAGGAUGAGCCUCCCUACUACUUCAUUCUCACCACCUACAUCAGCUACCUCAUCCUGAUUCUCCUUGGUCACAUCCGUGAUUUCUUCGGCAAGCGUUUUGGCAACCCCAAGCAUUACCGUGCCCUCAAGGCCUCCAAUGGGUAUGCCGCGCUCAACGACGAUUUUGAUAACUUUUACGUCCGGCGUCUGAAGAUGCGUCUGGAUGACUGCUUCGCUCGCCCUACCACUGGUGUUCCCGGACGCUUCAUCACCCUUAUGGACCGCAAGUCCGACGACUUCAACCGCACAUAUCAGUACACUGGCACUUACACUGAGACUCUCAACAUGAGUUCCUACAACUACCUUGGUUUCGCUCAAUCCGAGGGUCCCUGCGCCGACGCCGUUGAGGAGUGUGUCAAGCGAUACGGCAUCAGCUUCUGCAGCCCCCGUGGCGCUGCUGGUACAUCUGAUCUUGCUCUCGAGGUCGAGCGUGAAGUCGCCGAGUUCGUUGGCAAGCCCGCUGCUAUGGUCUUCUCAAUGGGUUACGUCACAAACGCCAGCUCUUUCCCCGCCCUCGUCUCCAAGGGCUCCCUGAUCAUCUCGGACGAACUUAACCACGCCUCUAUCCGCAUCGGUGCCCGCCUUUCUGGCGCCAUGAUCCAGUCUUUCAAGCACAAUGACAUGGCAGACCUUGAGCGUGUUGUCCGUGAGGCUAUUUCUCAGGGCCAGCCCCGUACUCACCGCCCCUGGAAGAAGAUCCUGGUCGUUGUCGAGGGUCUCUACUCUAUGGAGGGUACCAUGUGCGAUCUUCCCGGCAUUCUUGCUCUCAAGAACAAGUACAAGUUCUAUCUGUUCGUCGACGAGGCCCACUCGGUUGGCGCUCUUGGACCCCGUGGACGCGGUGUGUGUGACUACUUUGGCAUUGACCCCUCUGAAGUGGAUAUUCUCAUGGGAACCCUGACCAAGUCCUUUGGCGCCAACGGCGGUUAUGUGGCAGCUGAUAAGCACAUCAUUGACAAGCUCAAGAGCACCAACGCGGCUACUCAAUUUGGCGAGACCCCCGCUCCUUGUGUCCUCAUGCAGAUUCUGGCUUCGCUCAAGCUCAUCACUGGCGAGCUCUGCCCUGGUCAAGGUGAGGAGCGCCUUCAGCGUAUCGCUUUCAACUCCCGGUACCUGCGCCUCGGACUCAAGCGUCUUGGUCUCAUCGUCUAUGGUCAUGAUGACUCUCCCAUUAUCCCUGUUAUGCUCUACCACCCUGCCAAGCUUCCCGCCUUCAGCCACGAGAUGCUUCGACGCAAGAUCUCGGUCGUCGUUGUCGGAUAUCCUGCGACUCCACUCAUCAGCUCUCGCGCUCGAUUCUGUGUUUCUGCCGCCCACAACAAGGAGGAUCUGGACCGUCUCCUGGCGGCUUGCGACGAGGUUGGCGACAUCCUGCAAAUCAAGUUCUCGACCGGUGUUGCUGGUGGAUUGGAGCCUCUCCCCGAAGGCGUCUCUCCCGAGGACGAGCGGGAAUGGAGGAGGGAGAACCGAAUCCCCCUCAACGCCCCUCGCUGGAAGCUUGACGACGUCAUUCAGCACGGUGUGGAGGAUACCAAGGUUGCUCUGCGCUAA